AUGGCCUCUCAAUAUUGGGCAAGAUGUUCACUAAAACCUCCAUUAUCUUCUGUUCUAUCACUAAUUGAAGAGGGCAAAGCCAGUCCUUCAGAUGCCUCAACCAUUAUUGUUACUACUGUUUCUCCCUCAAAUGCUCAUAAGACAAUUGCAGAGCUUCUGGGAACUUUUGUGAUUAUGUUUGUAGGAUGCGCAUCCUGGAUGAUCGACCAAAGAUACCACGUUACCCUUGUGGGUGUAGCAAUAGCAUGGGGCUUGGUUUUGAUGGUUAUGAUAUAUACAUUUGGCCGUGUCUCAGGUGCCCAUUUCAAUCCUGCUGUUACCAUCGCUCUUGCCGCAUCUGCAAAAUUUCCAUGGAGACAGGUACCAGCAUAUGUUGCAGCACAAUUGGCAGGCUCAACAUUGGCAGUACUAACACUAGCUAUGCUGCUCCAUGAACAAAUGAACAUAGGUGUCACAGUGACUCAAUAUUCAAAGCCAAAAACUCAUUGUGAAGCUUUUGCUUGGGAGUUCAUUCUUUCAUUCAUUUUAAUGCUCACAAUCUGUGGUGUAGCAGCUGAUAACAGAGCUAUCAAUGAGCUCUCAGGAAUCACAGUUGGAGCCACAAUGUUGUUUGAUGUCCUAGUAGCAGGGAACAUAACAGGAGCUUCAAUGAACCCUGCAAGAAGCAUAGGCCCUGCCCUUGUUUCUGGGCAGCUUCAUUCCCUUUGGCUUUACAUUUUGGCUCCUACUCUUGGAACUAUAACUGCUUCUUCGAUUUACUGUCUUGUAUGGUUUCCCUUGCCUGAGAAUUUUGGUGAACAGAAUACCAAAGAGUAA